AUGCCACCCACGACAUCCACAUCAACAUCAACCUCCAAACCAACCCCCAUCCCCAACCCCCGCCGCCUCCUCAUCCUCACCCCAACCACACACUCCCAAUCCAUCAUCCCACCUCUCCUACACUCCCUGACAGGCACCCCCGUCACCACUCCUCCAACAGCGCCAGCAUCAGCGUCACCAACACCAACACCCACCCUCUCCUCCGCCUCCACCAUCGCCGCCUCAUCCACCACCUCCCUCGCAUCCAGCACGACCAUCACCACCACAUUCGCCGGCUACACCACGCACCCGCCCCUCCACCUCUCAAACAAGUACUACACAGCCGACGUCCCAAUCUGGGUAGACGAGAUUCCUCUCCAGACCCCCGAACCAACCCCCUCAGCAUCCGGAAGCACCAUCUCCCCCGCGCAAUGGAAAGCCGAGUUCUCCAGCCCCGAAGCGCAAGUCGUGCGGGACGCUAUCGGCGCCGUGAUGAUCUGUUUCCGGAACCCCGUGCAGAUGGACCCCGUACCCGGCCAGGAGGAACAACAGCAGGAAGAUGAUGUGGAAGAUAGGGAUGAUGUGCGCGGGCUGAAGGAGUUCGUGAGGGCUGUUGGAGAAGUGAGGGCGUUGAUUGAGGAGGAGAGGGGUGGGGUUGGGGAGGUGCCCGGGUUGGUUGUUUUGGUGGGGGAGAAGACGAAGACAACGGCUUCUGGGAAGGUAGGUGGUGAGGAUGAGGGUGAGGAUGGGCUGGGUUUGGAGAUUGAUGAGGUGUUUUCGGAGGGGUGGUGGGAGGAUCAGGUUUGUGAGAUGGGGUUGAUGGGUAUGGAGGUUGUGAGGUGGGGUGGGAAGGAGGGAGAAGAGGAGGAGGUGGGGAGGAAUCGGUAUGGUGAACUACAGGGCAUGCGCCGGAUUAAAGAGGUCUUGGAGACGCAUGAUUGGGCUGCGACGGAGGAUGCAGAGACAGGGUUACUGAAUGAUGGGAUUGAUGACGAUCUUGAGCGCGAGCUUUUGGGCUUGGACGAUGCAGACAAUGGGUUCGAUUUGGAGGUGGAUGAGCUGCAGCGCGAGAUGGUUGGGUUGCGGAUGGCGAUUGAGCGGGGAGGAGGGGAUGGGUUUGAUGAUGAUGACGAUGAAGGGGAUGAGGAGUUGCGCGUCGAUGCGGUCGAGGCGCUGUUGCUUCGCAUGAGAGCCAUCAAGGAUAUCAGCGACGAGUUGCCCGAAGCGGAGAGGAAACGGUUUGCAGCAAAGGCCGUGCGUGAUAUCAUGAGAGAGAUGUAG